GACAUUUGAAAAACUCUAAAAAGUUGUUAUCAAAAUUUUUGCUUUAAAACACUUACAAAAUUCAAAAGUAGCUCCAAAUUGUAUUUGUGUCAAAACACAACUCUAAUUUUCAAAUGUCAUUUUCAACUUAAAAAAUAUUUCACUUUUUUCGAAAUUUUAUAAUUCUUAUAUCCAAACGCCCACUUAGUCUUGUUUGAGACUUAUAUACUAUUCUCUCCCUUACAGUUUAUUUGAUGAGCAAGAGUUUAAGAAUGAAUGAAACACUUUUGAAACAUGUGAUAUAAAACAGCUCAUAAAAAGCUCUAUGAAUAUAAAUCAUCACAUUAAGGAUAAAAUAGAAAGUUUAAAGUUGAAGUGUUACUAAAUAAAAGAAAUGUGUCAUUUCUUUUGGGACUAACUAAAAGAAAGAAUAUCACAUAAAUUAGAACAAAUAGACUAGUAAAAAUGUAGGAACGGUAAAGAUUAGAGAAAGUAAAGAGAAGAUGAGGAAGUUUGUUUAAGUGAGGAAGCCAUUUUCUUUAAUGUAUACUAAUGACGCAUGAUACUAUUCCUUUUUUUUUGGUCCACUCUCGCAUAGAAAACGAAGUUGCUUGAAAGCAGAUUUUGAAAUUAUAUAGGUGAAUAGAGAUCACCGAUAUCCUACUCGAGACGUAGUAAUUGUCAUCCCCAAACCAAAAGGAAUGGGGAAAAAGCUCAAGAAAGCAUUCUUUACAGAGGAAAUAUCUGAAAAAGUGUUAUCGGGAAAGAGAAAUUAUAAUAUUGAAUUGGUUUGAAUAGAACAAAUUAAAAAUUCUUAUAACUGGCUGAUUCUAGUUUACUACUUGAGAUUGAGGCUUAUUUCUUGCUAUUGUUGCAACACUCCAUCGCACAGCCACAAGCCAAACUUAUGAGAUUCCGAAACACAUCUGAAACUAAGACUACAAUAUGGCAUUCUUGAACAAAUUAGCUUAACAAUUCUUGGAUUCUAACUUCUAUAGUCUAUGGUGUUCAGACUACGUAGUUAAGUUGUUGGUUCAUUGCUUUAUUUUUUCCUAGAAUAGCUUAAGUUUGUAUAUUCCGGUGUUUGAUUAGCUACUGGAGAAUAUUUUCAGAAAAACAUAUAUAUGAAAAGUUAAAUAUAAUAUAAUAUUAACAAAUCAGAAUAUAUUGUUAAAUUAAAACUUAGAUACUUGUAAGGAAAAUAACUUUUUCAAAAGUGAGGGAGGUCUUUUCCCUUUUGACUGUUACACAAACACCUGAAGUUUAACUUUUUAUGAAAAAUAUUUUUCUGAAAAUUAACUUUUGUCAUAUCCAGUAUUCCCAAAUUAAAGGAGGGUCUAAUAUUGGGAAUCAGUCGAUAUUACCAACGUAAGAACUCCUCUAACAACCUAUCCGAUAUAGCAAUAACUAUUGUAUUUAAUCUUUUUUUUGUGUGUGCCUUUUAUUUAUGAAGGUAAAGAGCAGGUGAAGGUGUACCAUCUUCUCAAACUAUACACUUUCAAAGUGGCAUGUCAGCUAUUCAUGAGCAUUGAAGACCACAAUGAAAUUGAAAAGCUUUCUGCACUUUUCAACAUUUUCUUGAAAGGAUUAAUAACAAUCCCUGUAAAUUUACCUGGUACAACUUUUCACAAGGCAAAUAGAGCUGUAGCUACCAUCAGGAAAGAACUAUUGCAAAUAGUCAGAAAAAAGAAGAGAAGAAUUGGAACAGAAGAUAGCUUCACCUUCACAAGAUAUUUUGUCUCAUUUGCUUUCCACCCCAGAUGAAAAUGGAAAGUUCAUGUCUGAAAUUCUUAUUGUUAAUAACAUAUUGUUGCUGCUCUUUGCUGGCCAUGACACUUCUACUGUUGCUCUUACUUUACUCAUUAAGAGACUGGGAGAGCACCCUCAAGUUUAUGAAAACAUUCUACAAGAGCAUAUUAAGAUAGCUUCAGCGAAAAAAGAAGGGGAGUCUUUGAACUGGGAUGAUAUACAGAAGAUGAAGUAUUCGUGGAACGUACUUUGUGAAGCUAUGAGGCUGAAACAACCUAUAAUAGGAGCUUAUCGAGAAGCUAUUAUGGAUAUAAAUUAUGAAGGUUAUCACAUCCCUAAGGGAUGGAAGUUCUACUGGAACACUACUUUAACCAGUCUGGAUCCAGAGUAUUACCCUAAUGCAACAAGCUUUGAUCCAUCAAGAUUUGAAGGAGCUGGACCUGCUCCAUUUUCAUACAUUACAUUCGGGGGAGGACCCCGAAUGUGCAUAGGGAAAGAGUUCGCUCGGUUGGAGGUGAUGGUGUUUCUGCACAUCAUUGUCAGGAAAUUUAGAUGGAAAUUAGUUGUUCCUGAUGAGAGAAUUAUAUAUGAUCCAAUGGCUACCCCUGUUGAAGGACUUCCUAUUAAGCUUCAAACUCACAAGCCUUGAGGUUGAUCCUUACUUUUAAUGGAGAUACAUAAAAGCAUAGGGCGAGACCUAGCUUAUAAGUUAUUGGUUCACGUGAAUCCUGUAGCUUUAUCUCUAUCCUUGUAUAUUUUUUAAGAAAAUCAUUAAAUAUCUAUAAUUAUUUUUCUGUGAAACCAAUUGUUAUUGUAUAUUAACUUUGAGUUUGGCAUAGGAACUCAUACAUUUUUAAAUUUUGGAGGAAAACAUAUAUAUUGAGCCACAUGAA